UGGCCGCCCGGUUUAUUAGGGAGAAGAAGUUGGCAAAGGGAUGUGACUGCAAUGAUGUCGCUACAGCUGAAGCACGGGGAUGCAGCGUACUACCAGAGUGCAGAAUACUGCAGAAAUUACACUUCGCCGCCUGUCAGCUACGGUGACAGCAGCCAUUAUCUCCCCCGUUUGCCAGGCCCAGAGACCAUGUUGAAGCCUCCUCUCAGUCUCUUCAGCCAUCCCCAGCAGCCCUUCCAACAUAUGGACUCUCUGCACCAGCUGGGACCUCCACCAAUGGCGCCUACGCAGCCUCUUGGCCCACCGCCAAUCGCCCCUGCUCAAGCAAUUGGACCCCCAACUAUGGCUCCCACCCAGACCCUUGGGCCCCCUCCAAUCACUGCUACUCACACCUUAAGGCCUCCUCCCAUUACCCCUGCACACAGCUUAGGCCCUCCUCCAAUGGCUCCCCCGCAGCCACUGGGGCCUCCACCAAUGGCACACACCUUGGGGCCCCCACCGGUAGACCACUCACAAGCAAUGGUGCCUUCAGCCAUGGACCUCACACAACCCUUGGGGCCUCCACCUCUGAAUCCUGCACAUGCACUGAUGCCACCACCUGUAGUAGCGCCCGGAGCUGGCAGAUUCCCGCUCCCUCCCAGCCCCCUGUCCUGCCCUCUUGCUCCAGGCCCAGAUCACUCACAGCUACCCCCAAGGCCCCCAGGACCGGUCCUCAUCCCAGCCCCGGUGUCCGGUCUCAUACCUGGUCCUCUCCCAGGUCAGGCAGCCCCAGCCAGCGAGCAGCCCCAGGAUGAGGGCUCUCCGCUGGGCAUGGAGGAGCAGGAGGACUCUAUGGGACUGGAAGAACUGUGUAAACCGCUGUACUGUAAACUCUGCAACGUUACCCUCAACUCUGCUCAGCAGGCGCAGGCUCACUACCAGGGGAAGAACCACAGUAAAAAGCUGAGAAAUUUCUACGCCGGCAGUCAACAGCCGCCUGCAAUCAGGAUCCCAGAAGUCCUCGAGGCGGACGGCCAGACGGCCCUCAGCUCAGGAUCCACCGACAGCGACACCGGGAAGCAGGCGCUGUAUAAGGGGGCUACACGGGUCAUUUUGGCCACAGAGAACGACUAUUGUAAGCUGUGUGAUGCCUCCUUCAGCUCACCAGCAGUUGCACAGGCCCACUACCAGGGCAAGAACCACGCCAAGAAACUACGGCUCGCUGAGGCUCAGCAGAACACCAACAACAUGGAAGGCAGUAGUGAAGCAACCCCAAGAAGAAAUAGGAAAGAUGGCAGCGAGUAUAGACUGGUGAAAAAUCGUCGUAGCCCACAGCUACCUGCCUCCAUGCCAGGGCCCUACUACAACCCCAGACCGAGGCAGCGCAUCCCCAGGGACUUAGCCAUGUGCGUGACCCCCAGCGGACAGUUCUACUGCUCCAUGUGCAACUGCGGAGCCGAACAAGAAACGGACUUCCGACAGCAUCUGGAGAGCAAGCAGCACAAAGCUAAAGUAUCAGAGUUAAGAUACCGCAACGAGAUGGAGAACCUGGGAUACAGCUAAGAGACACCAGAGGGGAGGGGCUGGAAGAGAGGAGAUGAAGACUAGCAGACUAGGAAGUGGGACAGAAAAGGGGUGGAGAGACAGCACAAGACCAAAGUGCAGGAAAGCAAAUACUUUUUAGGGGCAUUUUUAGUGAGGAGAUUAGUAAAACGGCCUCAAGAUCUUGUUGCAAUCCAUUUGAUAUAUGGAUCAAACACUUAAAUCCUCAUAUUUGACAUAACGCUCUACCAUAUGAAGCUAUAUUUGAUGAAUUUAUUUGAUCUGGGUAUUACCCGUUUUUUUGAAAUUCAGUCUGUAAAAGCAAAGCAGGAUGUGCAAAGAACAGGACCUGUGCUGGUGAGUGAAUAGUGGAUAUUGACAUGCAACUUUUAAUUUUUCCAAAGUCCAAAGCAGAUUUUAACAGCAAAAAUAAAACCUUUAAGUCUGUUUUUAAAGGUAUUGAAUACGAUUUUUUGACCCACCGCCUUUUUGUAAUACUGUUUUUGAUCAACUAUCCUCCAAGUCUUUUAGUGGAUCACAUUCUGACUCAGGAUACAGGUAAAUACAAAUGAAUUGCAAGAAAAUCUUCUUCAGGCUAAAGAGAGAGCAUUAGACUGGUGUACAGAGAGCCAACAGGACAAGAGAGGAGGCACAAGAACACAAAAGUAGAACAACAUGCGGAAGGUUUGAACACAAAGUUGAGAAAAAUUGGUGGUUGAAGUGAAAGGAACAGAGACGUAGAGCCAAAUACUUUUAGGUCAGUACAAGUCUCAUCCUUGGCAAAAUAUUCGUCACUGAGGACAAAGUUUUAGUUUAGGACUUUUUCGAUUCUUGUUUGUGAAACAGCCAUACAUGUAUUUUUUCAGGUCCUGCAUUAGGGACUUCAGGGCCAUUUACAGAGCCACGCAGGACACAAAACAGUGAAUUCAACAUCUUUAUAACUUAAUACAGAUAAUAAAAUCCAAAGCACUAUUUGCUGAUUUGAAGACAAAGCACAACCACCACCAUCUGGUAGAAACAGUGUUACAUGAAUCUGUUGUAUCAGGCUAAAGGCUACACCCUGGCUAGCCUUGUUUGUGCCUUUAGUGGGAAUUAGGCUAAAGAGUAAGCUUUGGCUAGCCAUUUUGGCAACGUAGUGGAAACCAAUCUAAUGAUUGGGGUUUUCUAUAUUCUGUGUCAUCUCUCUUCCUGUAUUAAAUCCACACAAAUGUUAUGUAAAUAUCCUCUAAUUACAUUAUAAAUGUAAAUAUAGAAUAAUAUACACAAAUACUAUUGAUUCUUUGGUUAAUGUUAGGCUACCAUAUAGUGUAAAUACUCAUAAUCUAUUUAAUAAUCAUCAGGAAUCUUGUACAAAGUGUGCACUGACUGAAUGUCUAUCAGCACUGUAUGUUUGUGUGUGGAUUUUACUGUAUAGGCCCUCCAUACCACUGUGGGUGGUUUGUUUGUUCAUUGGUAAAGUAACAGUGUGUAGUUAAAAGCUGCUAGUCUCAUCAUUUUGACUGUUCAGAAGGACCACAUGCCAGGGCUGGCUGUCUCUGAAGUAAACUUCUUUUUUGAGGCAGACUGAAAUCUCUGUCCUGACAGCCAGCCAAGAAGGCAUUGUGAGGAAGAAAUGUGCAAACACGUCAGAAAUUCAUCGUGAUGUGUGCAGCAGGAAGCAUUUAACUCCAAACUUCUAAUUAGAUAGCAAAUUGCAGAUGAAAGUGCGCAGAGCUUGUGGAUGUUUCUGGUUAUAAGACAUAUCAUUCAAUUCUCCCAAUCAAUCUUGAUUCCCAAAGCGGACGUAACCAGGUUUUACUGCAGCGUGAAACGGCUGCAGAGGAGUGACUUGUCUGGAUUUGCAGACAGAUUAGAUUUUUUUUUUUUUUUUUCUUUUGUUUUUACCCCAGAUGACCCAGGUCCAGCUGUUUUUCAGUGUUUAGCCCAUCCUGAAAAGAUCAGUUAUGUAAUUGGCAUCAAAUUAGAUUUUCUGUUUAUGUGAUUUUCUGUUCCUGUGCCCGGGUGUCUUGGUGCUGAGCUGAACACAGUGCAAUCACAAGGCAUUUGGAGCUCUACAGUUAGACUUUAAAUGACCAAAAGAGUGUAUCGUGCCUUUAAUGUUGGCUGUGAUCACUGUUGCGGGAGAGAAGACGUUAAGAGGGUCAAAAAAAUCAACAUAUUUAUUGUUUGAAACUCAAAAAUCUUGUUUCUCAAACACUUUUACACAUUUACAGAUUGACACUUCUUUGGUUCUUUUCCACAUGUAGCAGUAAAAAUGGUUUUGCAGAUAGAUUUAGAGAUCCUAACAUUUUCCACCUACAAUUUACAAGAGUUUAGUUGAUCUGUAGUUGAAAGAGGAUUUACUUUUACUUUACUACAUACUAUCUCAAUACACUAAUUUGCACUUAUUUGUUAUAGUAUGAAUGGUUCUUCUUUUGUUUACUGACCAGUGUCCAUUUCUAUUCCACUUUAAAUUUCCUUCUCCAGCUUUGCCAGCCUAACAUCAGUGUACACACAGAUGCACACACUCUCCCACAUAAUUCAAUCAGUCAAAGGCCUGAUCAGGUCACGUAAUUGGAUGUGUUGUAAAGUGAAAUGAAAGCAAUAUCCUGGCCUUCUCUCUAGUUUGGCUAGCUGUGGGGAGAGGCAGCUGUUCACGUCUUACACUUGUCUCUAGAGCACAAACACACACCUGAUCGCACACAUGAGGACACUCAGGAGAAUAGCACUGUGAAGACAAAGUACUGUGUGGCGUUUAGAGAUUUGAACACAAGGGAGAGAGAGAGACAAACAGAGAGUAAAUAAAAUGUGAGUGUGAUUUAUUAGCCCACUGUGUUGUACAGUUAAUCAAAAAAAAAAGGACAAAGAAAAGCUGAUGAAAGUAGAGCUGUGGGUGCGACACAGCUAGUUUACGAGUUAUUCACUUUAAAUGGCACUGCAGUCUGUUAUUAGCACUCCCCCCCCUCCUUGAAUUAACAUGCUUUGUCUUACAUGAAAUCAUAGGUAGCAUGACCUUUUAUUCUGUUUACAGAAUCCUGGAUUCAAAAUUAGAGUCACGCUCAGAUGCAGCUACUGCAUAAACACCUUCAUCAAAUGAAAUUAUAAACAGCAAUGAAACGGAGGAAAUGAGUAGAUUCGAGGAAACUAACAGGCAUCAUCUAAGUCUGGAAACCUUUUUGUUACUGUUCAGUCAUAUUUGGACCCUCUAAACUAGUGGUUACCAACUUUUCUGGCUUGUGAUCCCUUAAAAUGAGGCAAUAUCAACUUGAGAUCCCUCAUCACAGGCCUUUGUAUGGACAUUAGUCAUGAGCAGUUCAACAAAAGAUUAUUUUUUCCUUGUCAGAUUGUUUAAUUUGAACAAGACUGCCCAGGAACCCCCAAAGUCCCAGGUUCACUACAUGCCAAUUGGAUUUAGAAAUCUGAUUAAUUGAAAAAUUGUACAACAAAAGUCAAACAUCAAAGGCAAGUUUUGCAUUAUUAGCUCAUCUUGUGGCCCUGUCUUGUAAAGGUACCCUGUGGCAAAACCUAGUUGUAAGACCUUCAUUUUUGUUGCAUAUUCCUACAUAAUACACUACUGGUUGACUUUGGGCAAAUAUUGAGCUGCCAUGUAUAGUCUGAUGUUGUCUGAUGGACUUAAUAAUACUUAAUAGGAACCCUAAUAGGUUAAUUAGAGGCCCAGAAAAGGUGAAAGUAUCCAGGAUUUCAGAAGAAAAAAAGCAAAAAAUUAGAGAAAAACUGCCAAAAAAUAAACAUUAUUUUGUGAAACAGAAACUUUUUUUUUUCUUCACCCUUAAAUAAUGUUGUUCUGAUCUCUAGGUUGGAAAGCACUGCUCUAACCCAAUGUAGCAGCAUCUAAAAAAAAAAGAAUCUUUCUUCUGCUUUUUUGUGACGAUAUCACGACUAUGACAGCCGUGGUUGUUGAUCGGUUUUAUUUUUGGGAACACUGGUUGUCACCAUGUGAGUCUGAACACUGCAGGAGGCCACAAGAUGACUUAAACAAGAUGAAAUAUACAUGGAUUUUAAACAUGUAUUGUAAGGUUGAACCAAAGACUCUUUUCUCCUUUGAAUGAGCUUGAAAGGGAACACUGCAAGAAAUGUUACUCUUGCCAAGUGGAGACGAGUUUUUAUUUAAUUGUUUCUAUUGCAGUUUUUCCUAAUUUGAAUUAAAUGAGAUUGUCUGUAAUGAUGUAACACAAUUUGUAGUUAAUGAACUAAAACAUACCAAACCUCUGGUAAAAUGCUUGUUAAGUAGUUGUCUAUUUUUGGAUCGACUUUGUUGCAGUGGAACACAACUCUGUAUCUGAGGAUCUUCAGUGGUUACACUAAUGUAUAAAGCAGCUGAAAGCCAACAAAAUCAUGAGACACUGUGGUAAAUAAAGGCAUCUUCAUCAUGACCUUAUAGUCAUUAACAGGCUUAAUGCUCCAUCAAUGGGCACUUUUGCUUUGUGUUCACUAAAAUGGAUUUGAUCGCUGAUAAAAGGGUUGUUUAGUUGUUGUUUAGUCUGGUAACAUGUUCAAAUACCUGGGCUACUGUUUCUGUUUUUGUUCUAAUUGUGUUUAUUUGUUAGAGACUAUAACAGUUGAUAGCUAUAGGAUACUGAUAAUUAUUGCUUUCACUGUUUUUAACCAACGCUGUUAACUGAAUGCUGAUGUGUUUCAGCACCAUAAGUUAUAAGUUGAACUUGCUUCAGUGCUUUGUUGUAAAUGACAGAGAUGUUUUGCAUAUUGCACCGUAUAAAUUGUACCCGGUUUAUUUUGUGCAUGUCAUACUUAAUAACUGUUGAAAUGUUUUUACUAUAGAGAGAAAAUAUGACAGUGAGGAUGCUGUUCAAGAAUGUUUUUUAUUAGGUUGGAAAUGACUAUAAUUUGCCGUGCUGUAUCUACAAAGGGGCAUUGGAAAGAAUCAUUAUUUUGCACUGAGUAUAAAAAAAGACACUGGUGUUUAUAAUGACAAUUAUGCUACCAUACGAUGUUUAGUUUAAGUGAAGACUUUGCUACCAUUGUCAUUAUUUGCCUCGAUAAUAAUAAUGUUUAUCCUAAUGUUUACAAGGUGAGAAGCUGAAGCUGUUAUGGAUGUGUAUCAUAUUUGUAACUGUGUUUGUCCAUGUGUUGCACUGUUGGACUAAUCAGACCAGGGUAGAUGGGCAACAAUGUGAGGUCAAGUAGGAAAAAAAAAAACUGUAGAACUUGUGCAAAUAGGUUUGACACAGAAUCACUGCAAUGAAAUCAGACACUACUGGUCUCAUUUUGGCUAAAAGGAACUCAUGUUUUUAAAAAUCAUUGCAGUGAUAGGGCUGUAACCUUACACCAGGCUGUAAAGUUUCACUACCCUCUGUGGUUGAAAGCUUUUCACCACUGAUUAGUGUAGUCAGAAGUGUGUUUUGUUGCACCUGUAACCACACCUACAGCUACAGUGAUGUCACGCUAUACUGACUCAACCCCGGAGUACACUCGUACAUCACUGCAGCAGGGUGGGUAGUUCAACCACCGGAGGUCAGUCACAAGAUUUUCAGCUGCUGCUAAGAUGAUUGUCAAAGGACUCAAUUUUAAUUUCUACUAAAUGUGAUUGGUACAAACUUUGCAUCGAAAACACAGAGUUCUUUCACAUAAAGUGAAUGGACUAAUAGUCACUAGAAGUUGGGUGCCAACAUAAACCUUCAGAUGUCUGGAAGAAGUUGAAUCCAAACCAUUCGAAGUUCUGGUUUAGGGCAAGAGAUGUCUGAAGCCUUACUGUUGUGGAGGAAUAGUGUUUCCCUAUCCAUUUGUGCUUCCUGUUACAUUAACCUGAAGCAAACAUCUUCUGCGAGGCUUAAAACCUCCACCUAAUCUUACCCUUACUCCAACUAGUUUUUCUACAAUGACUAACCUUACCUAAGUCCUACCCCCAAUAGUGGAAGGCAAUGUUACGGGAAACACUAACUGAAGGGAAAGGAGAAUCUAUGUGACAGUUUGGCCAGUAUUUAUUUAUCCCUGUGAGGUGACCAUGCCCACCAGUAGGGCAGGACCACCCAAAAUAAUCAAGAGUUCUUGAUCUCAGUCAUGAUCUCAACACUUAGAACUGAAGAGGGCUUUUGGAUGAGAGGUGAAAUGUCUUCAAUCAGGUCCAGUCCAUUAUCAGGGACAAAAUGUUUUUGUUUUAUGGCAGGAUUUGCAGAGUAGCAUAAAGGAAUUUUGGUAAAUACGCUAGUCUGACAUUUGGAGAAUUAUGCUUUCUUGCAGACAUUACUCAGUCUGCUGUCACCGCAACCCUGUCCCGGUAUAAGCAGCGGAAAAUGGAUGGAUGGAUGGAUGGAUGGAUGGAUGCCUUCUUGCCAAAUGCUCUAACAUUUGGCAAGAAGGCAUCCGGAGGGAAACAGUUAACCUAUUGUAGCUUUGUACAAAAGUUCAAGACUACACCUACUAGCACAUCUUGUACUGUUUGUUUGUGGAGACUCCUUGUAAAACCAUCAAUUGUCAUUUUUAUUUUCUUUUGCUGGGAAGUGUAUUUUUGAACUUCAGGAAGAACCAGGCUAGCUGUUUCCCCUAUGCUAAGAUAAUCACCUCCUGGCUCUAACUCCAUAUUUAUUGCACAAACAUCAGAGUAGUAUUGAUCGUCUUAUCUAACUCUUAACAAGAAAGCGAAUAAGCCUCAAAAUGUCAAACAUACUGUACGUGCCCAUCAGCUGUGGCUACGUUGGUUUAUAAUGUUCUUACUCAAUAACAAUAUAUACAAUAGGUUCUGCUUACCUCACAUAAAAGCCCAUGUAUCCUGGUCUACAGACAGAGUCAGUCUUGUAUGCUGACAAAAUUCAGGACCCCCCCCCCCCACCUUCAUCGACUGCCAGGGGCCCCAAACCUCCUAGCAGCGCCCCUGCAGGACAGUAUGUACUCCUGUACACUCUGUGAAGACCUCAGCACACUUUCAGUGCCUCUGAACAAUGUUGCCAAUGUACCACUGACUGACUGACUGAAUGGAUGACUGAUAUACUGAUUUCUGAGGCCGUGUGUGUGUUUUCUGACAGAUGAAUAAACGUGCAGAUGAUAUUAAUAA